UGCAGCCUUGAGUUCUAGGGGCAAUGGCUGUGUCACUCUGGGCCCUGACCUUCCUGGGUCUGGCGGGCCUAGGGUUGAACCUACGGUCCCGCAAGCCGGAGAGUUUCCGCAGUGACACAGAGCUGAACCACCUGGUUGUGGAUGAGGCCUCGGGUGUGGUAUAUGUUGGGGCAGUGAACGCGCUCUACCAGCUGAGUGCUGACCUGCAUCUCCAGCAGCAUGUGGUCACAGGACCCGCCAUGGAUAACAAGAAGUGCACACCACCCAUUGAGGCUAGUCAGUGCCAUGAAGCAGUGCUCACUGACAACGUCAACCAGCUGUUGCUGCUCGACCCACCUGGGAAACGCCUAGUCGAGUGUGGCAGCCUUUUCAAGGGCAUCUGUGCUCUGCGUGCCCUGAGCAAUAUAUCGGUGCGCCUCUUCUAUGAGGAUGGCAGUGGAGAGAAGUCCUUUGUAGCCAGCAAUGACGAGAGAGUGGCCACAGUAGGGCUGGUGAGCUCCACGAGACCCGAUGGUGAGCACGUGCUGUUUGUGGGCAAAGGCAAUGGGCCACAUGACAACGGCAUCAUCGUGAGCACCGGCCUGCUGGACAGGGCUGAGGGCCUGGAGGCCUUUGAGGCCUACUCAGACCAUACCACCUUCAAGGCUGGCUACCUGUCCACUAACACUCAGCAGUUCAUUGCAGCCUUUGAGGAUGGCCGCUAUGUUUUUUUCAUCUUCAACCAGCAAGACAAGCACCCUGCUAGGAACCGCACACUCCUGGCACGCAUGUGCAAAGAUGAUCCCUCCUACUACUCCUAUGUAGAGAUGGACCUGCAGUGUCGGGAUCCCAGUGACCCCCAAGGCCCGUUCUUUGGUACCUGCCUAGCGGCAUCUGUAGCCACACCAGGUGCUGGCAGGGCACUCUAUGCUGUCUUCAGCAGAGAUGGCCGGAGCAGUGGGGGGCCUGGUGCAGGCCUCUGUGUUUUCCCACUAGAUGAAGUCAAUGCCAAGAUGGAAGCCAGCCGUAAUAACUGCUACACAGGUAUCCGAGAGACAGGCCGUGAAACCUUCUACAAGCCCUUCCACGGAGACAUCCAGUGUGGUGGCCAUGUGCAAGGUGCCAUCGAGAGCUUCCCGUGUGGCUCGGAGCAUCUGCCCUACCCACUGGGCAGCCGUGAUGGACUCAUCACCACAGCCCUUCUGUACCGUGGGGGCCUGAAUCUGACAGCAGUGACGGUCACUGCCGAGAAUGGCCAUAUUGUCGCCUUCCUGGGCACCUCAGAUGGCCGGAUCCUUAAGGUGUACCUUGCCCCAGAUGGUACUUCUGCAGAGUAUGGCUCUAUCCUGGGAGACAUCAACAAGAAAAUCAAGCAGGACCUGGCACUGUCUGGAAACCUGUCCAGUCUGUAUGCUAUGACCCAUGAUAAGGUGUUCCGGCUCCCAGUGCAAGAAUGUCUGAGCUACCUAACCUGUGCUCAGUGUCGUGACUCCCAAGAUCCCUACUGUGGCUGGUGUGUCGUCGAGGGACGAUGCACCAGGAGGGCCAAGUGCUCACGGGCUGAGGAAACUCGCCACUGGCUGUGGAGCUGGAGCAAAUCCUGUGUGGCCAUUACUGAUGCUAAUCCACAGAAUAUGAGCCAGUGGGCUCCAAGACAGGUACGGCUGUCUGUCAGCCCCCUACCCACCCUGACUCAGGAGGAUGAGUUGCUGUGCCUCUUUGGUGAACCACCACCACGCUCUGCCCAGGUGGAGGGGGAUGCCAUCAUCUGUGACCCCCCAAGCAGCAUCCCUAGCACACCACCAGGCCAAGACCAUGUGGCUGUGAGCAGCCAGCUCCUCUUCAAACAUGGCAGUGUCUUCCUCACCUCCCACCAGUAUCCUUUCUAUGACUGCAGAGAGGCUAUGAGCUUGGUGAAGAACCUGCCGUGCAUCUCUUGCACUAGCAACUGUUGGAUGUGCCAGUGGGACCUGCUGUAUCAUGAGUGUCGAGAGGCCUCACCCAACCCGGAGGAUGGAAUCAUACGUGCCCACAUGGAGGUCAACUGCCCCCAGUUCCUGGACCCUAGCCCUUCGGUCAUCCCCAUGAACCAUGAGACAGAAGUGACCUUCCAGGGCAAGAACUUGGACACUGGGAAGGUCUCUUCCCUCUAUGUGGGCAGUGACCUAUUGAAGUUCGAGGCAACUGUGACUAUGCAGGAGUCAGGAGCCUUCUCUUUUAAGACCCCAAAGCUCCAUGACACUAAUGAGACACUGCCUCUUCACCUGUAUGUUAAGUCCUUUGACAAGAAAAUUGACAGCAAGCUACAAGUGACCUACAACAGCUCCUUUGGCCGCAGUGACUGUAGCCUGUGUCUGGCUGCUGAUCCUGCCUACAGGUGUGUGUGGUGCCGGGGGCAGAACCGGUGUGUGUAUGAGGCCCUGUGCAGCAAUGUUACUUCAGAAUGCCCACCACCAGUCAUUACCAGGAUCCAGCCUGAGACAGGCCCACUGGGUGGGGGCAUCCGAGUCACUAUCCAUGGGUCCAAUUUGGGUGUCACAGCAGAUGAUGUCAAGAAGAUCACUGUGGCUGGCCAAAACUGUGCCUUUGAACCAAAAUGGUACUCCGUAUCUACCCAGGUUGUGUGUGCAAUUGAGGCUGCAGAGAUGCCUUUCAUGGGAGGUAUUGAGGUGGAUGUAAAUGGAAAGCGUGGCCAUUCACCACCACACGUCCAGUUCACUUACCAACAACCCCAGCCUCUCAGUGUGGAGCCACGACAGGGGCCACAGGCAGGUGGUACCACAUUGACCAUCAAUGGCAAUCACCUGGACCCAGGCUCCAAGGAGGAUGUUCAGGUGACACUCAAUGAUGUCCCUUGUGAAGUGACAAAGUUUGGAGAACAGCUGCUGUGUGUCAUGGGUCCACAGUUGGCUCCAGGCCAGAUGGUACUAGAAAUCUCGUAUGGGGGCUCCCAAGUGCCCAGCUCUGGUGUCUCCUUCACCUACUGUGAGAACCCAGUGUUACGAGCCUUUGAACCACUGAGAAGCUUUGUCAGUGGUGGCCGGAGCAUCAAUGUUACAGUCCAGGGCUUCAGCCUCAUCCAGAAGUUCACCAUGGUUGUCAUUGCUGAGCCCUUGAGGUCCUGGCAGAGGUGGCGGGAGGCUGAAUCCCUGGAACCCAUGAUGGUCACAGGCACUGAGUACGUGUUCUACAAUGACACCAAGGUUGUCUUCUUGUCGCCUGCUGUCCCUGAAGAACCUGAGGCUUACGACCUCACUGCAUUGAUACAGAUGGAUGGUCAUCGUGCCCUGCUCAGGACCGAAGCUGGUGCCUUUGAGUAUGUGGCGGAUCCCACCUUUGAGAACUUCACAGGUGGCGACAAGAAGCAGGUCAACAAGCUCAUCCAUGCCCAGGGAACCAAUCUGAACAAGGCCAUGACGCUGGAGGAGGCUGAGGCAUUUGUGGGUGCUGAGCAUUGCAUUAUGAAGAUGCUGACUGAGACUGACCUAUACUGUGAACCCUCAGAGGUGCAGCCCCCACCCAAGCGGCGGCAGAAGCAAGACACAACACACAACUUGCCUGAGUUCAUUGUGAAGUUUGGCUCUCGAGAGUGUGUGCUAGGCUGGGUGGAGUAUGACACACGUGUGAUUGACGUGCCGCUCAGUCUCAUCCUGAUAUGCAUAUCUAAUGAUAUGCAUGAGGCGGGCAACCCCACGCUGGACUAUAAGACCUACACCAACCGCAUCUUCGUCCUGCCCUCCAAGGAUGGUGACAAGGAUGUCAUGAUCACUGGCAAGCUAGACAUUCCUGAGUCACUGCGGCCCAUUGUGGAGCAGGCCCUCUACCAGUUCGCUAACCUGCUUGAUAGCAAGUCCUUCCUUAUCAAUUUCAUCCACACCCUAGAGAAUCAACGUGAGUUCUCAGCCCGUGCCAAGGUAUACUUCGCAUCACUGCUGACGGUGGCCCUGCAUGGGAAGCUGGAGUACUACACGGACAUCAUGCGUACACUCUUCCUGGAACUCAUGGAGCAGUAUGUGGUGGCCAAGAAUCCGAAGCUGAUGCUUCGCAGGUCUGAGACAGUGGUGGAAAGGAUGCUGUCCAACUGGAUGUCCAUCUGUCUGUACCAGUACCUCAAGGAUAGCGCAGGUGAGCCCCUGUACAAGCUCUUCAAGGCCAUCAAACACCAGGUGGAAAGGGGGCCAGUGGACGCUGUGCAGAAGAAGGCCAAGUACACCCUAAACGACACAGGGCUGCUUGGGGAUGAUGUCGAGUAUGCACCUCUGACGGUGAGCGUGAUCAUUCAGGAUGAAGGAGUUGAGGCCAUCCCAGUCAAGGUCCUCAACUGUGACACCAUAUCUCAGGUCAAAGAGAAGAUCAUUGAUCAGGUGUACCGUACACAGCCCUGCUCUUGCUGGCCCAAGCCUGACAGUGUGGUCCUUGAAUGGCGUCCUGGGUCCACGGCCCAGAUUCUGUCUGACUUGGACCUUACCUCUCAGCGGGAAGGCCGGUGGAAACGAAUCAACACCCUUAUGCACUACAAUGUCCGGGAUGGAGCCACCCUCAUCUUGUCUAAGGUGGGAGUCUCCCAGCAACCAGAGGACAGCCAACAGGACCUUCCUGGGGAGCGCCAUGCCCUUCUGGAAGAGGAAAACCGUGUGUGGCACUUAGUGAGGCCAACAGAUGAGGUAGAUGAAGGCAAGUCCAAGCGCGGCAGCGUGAAGGAGAAAGAGCGAACCAAGGCGAUCACAGAAAUCUACCUGACACGGCUGCUCUCGGUCAAGGGCACACUGCAGCAAUUUGUGGACAACUUUUUCCAAAGUGUGCUGGCUCCCGGGAAUGCAGUGCCACCCGCAGUCAAGUAUUUCUUUGAUUUCUUGGAUGAGCAGGCAGAGAAGCAUGAUAUCCGGGAUGAGGAUACCAUCCAUAUCUGGAAAACCAAUAGUUUACCACUUCGGUUCUGGGUGAACAUCCUGAAGAACCCUCAUUUCAUCUUUGAUGUCCAUGUCCAUGAAGUGGUGGAUGCCUCCCUGUCAGUUAUUGCACAGACAUUCAUGGAUGCCUGUACUCGCACAGAGCACAAGCUGAGCCGUGACUCUCCCAGCAACAAGCUGCUGUAUGCAAAGGAGAUCUCUACCUACAAGAAGAUGGUAGAGGACUACUAUAAGGGCAUCCGGCAGAUGGUGCAGGUCAGCGACCAAGACAUGAACACACACUUGGCAGAAAUUUCCAGGGCACACACAGACUCCUUGAACACACUUGUGGCACUGCACCAGCUCUACCAGUACACACAAAAGUACUAUGAUGAGAUCAUCAAUGCUUUGGAGGAGGACCCUGCAGCCCAAAAGAUGCAAUUGGCCUUCCGCCUGCAGCAGAUUGCCGCUGCGCUUGAGAACAAGGUUACAGACCUCUGACCACCAGGACUGCCUCAGGAUGCAGGUGUGUGGUACCAUGGCAUUGGGCAGCCUCUUGGCGUGAGAUUGCACUGGCUGUAGCUGAGUUCUUCUCUCUCUCCAGUAGAGGAUGCACCCAAGGCGUCUGGAGUGGGUAUAGUGGGCCCACCUCCUGUAGACUUGUAGCGUCUUUCUCCUGAGCAAUACUGCCCGGGGCGCCCGAGUCAGCACCAGCUCCUUCCAAUGGCACCAGCAUCGGGUGCUCUCUGUGUUGUCUCCUGAGUAAUUCGCAAAUGUGCCUUACAAAGCCACACUGGGCCACUGGGGGCUGUGGAGCCUUGGCUUCCCCUUCCCAUGCACCAGCAGCCUAGCCUCCUCAGAUACUCUGGGUUUGGUCUGUAGCUCCCAUGGCCAGUUCCUGGACUGUAUCUGCCUGCCAGAUGGAAGGAGAAGAAAAGCGGUACAAUGCCUUCCUGACCUCACUGAGCCUCCCCAUGGGGCGCAGGCAUUCCAGGAGGACUUUGAGGGCCAUCACUGGCUCCACCUCUAAGGUCAAGCUGGACGUCAGAUGUUGGGGCCCAGGUGGCCAGAGGGACCCAGAAAACUGAGGUCCUGGUCUCAGCUGUCAAACAGGCUGUCCUGGAGGCCCUGCCUGGAUCUGGGGUGCUGGAGCAGCAUCUCCACCAGGACCACCCACCCCUUUUUGUAAAUCUUGAUUGUAAAUCCAAUACAGUUGUCUUUUUCACUCUC